AUGUCGGGUGUGUCCCUAGCUGUGGCUGGUCGAGGGGAGCAACACAAAACGGUGACUCAGCAGGAACAUGUUGCGCCUGUUGGUAGCAUGACAAUGAUGGGUUCUUUGCGUUUGAUAGAGUUGCAGCUUGUGGCAUUCGUGUUGGUUUUCUCAGCAAGUGGUCUUGUCCCUCUACUUGAUUUAGUGUUCCCUGUCCUUGUCUCUAUCUAUAUAUUGGGACUUGCAUGUUUUGCCUUUCCAUCAUAUGGGUGUGGACCCCAGCAGAUAUUCCAUGGAAGCAAGCUUUUCCAAGUGAAUGUGGCUGUUGGAACCACCGUUGGACUGUUCUUGCCUCUUGCGUACGUGCUGGGUGGGUUUGGCAGAGGGGACGAACAUGCAGUGCGAUCAGCGAGCCCACACUUGUUCUUGAUCUCCUUCCAAAUACUAACAGAGUAUAUAAUAAGUGGCUUGUCAAUGUUUUCUUCACCAGUGAGGGCAUUGGUGCCCCUCAUUUAUACACUCAGGAGGAUCUUUAUGGAUAUUAAUUGGAUACAAAAUGUGUGGCUCAACAACACUUUGCCCGCAGAUGCACAUCUUAAGGACAAGGCAUGGUUUUGGUUCGGGAGGGUUCUGGCGGUGGCUAAUCUUGUUUAUUUCUCCAUCAAGCUCUUUGGGUUCUUGAUACCAAGGUUCCUUCCAAGAGCUUUUGAGAGGUAUUUCCAAGAGAGAGAAGAGACCUUUGCUAAGGAAGCCGAAGACAAGCGAUAUGUUGUCAUCGAUAAAUCCCAUCCACUAGAGAAGAAGUCAGAUUAA